ACCUCAAAAACCAAAAAAUGUUAGCACUAUCACCUUCUAUGUUUUCAAACAUGGGAUGUUUUACAGAAGAUCCCAUUUCAAGCCAUGAACACAACAAUAUGUACACAGAAACAAAAGGUUUAGAGUCCACAAGUUUUGGUGAAAAUGGUACAAAUUUGAAUUUCAUAAAGGCAAAAAAACUAGAUCAUAAUGCCAGUGAGCGUAAUCGUCGUCAAAAGAUGAACAGCUUGUAUUCUUUUCUUCGUUCUUUGCUUCCAGCUACAGAUCAAACGAAAAAAUUAAGCAUCCCAGCCACAGUUUCUCGUGUCCUAAAGUACAUACCAGAGCUACAAAAGGAAGUGGACGGGCUGAUUCAAAAAAAAGAAGAACUUUUAUCAAUCAAAUCCCGGAAAGAAGGCUUCAUUUACCAUGAAAGCUUGAGAGAUGGUUCGAGCCAAAGCUCGUCUACAUCUAAUGUUUCUGUAAGGCCAGUUGGUAAUGGAGAAAUUUUAAUACAGAUGUCCUCAGCUAAAGUUAGAAGGAUUUCAGUAUCAGAGGUUUUAAAAGACUUAGAGGAGAAUGGCAUGGUUUUACUCAAUGCAUCUACUUUUCAGUCAGCAGGAAUGAUCUUUUAUAGCAUGCACUUUCAGUUUCGGGUUUGCAAACUGAGGGCUUCACGACUACUCUUAUGGGACCAACAUCAUUCUUGAGAUUAUUUCUGUUGCCGGUAGUCAUACCUCAUGACUACUCCUUGGUUUGAUACUGUUUUUCCUUUAUUGUUCCAAUUUGCCUAUUCCUAGUAGUAUAUGUUAUACAUAUUGUGGUCGUUGUUAUACAACUUGAUAAAACUUCUUGUGUAUUGUGAUAUACGUCUGUAGUUAAAAUUGGUAAACUGCAUUCGUGUUCUGGUUCUGUGUGAUAUAUUAGUAAUAUUUUUUCCCUGCUUCUGGUCUUGAUGUCCCAUAAUUGUGUCUUGACCUGAGGACAUGAUCUUUACGGA